AUGGCGUCCAGCCACUCAACAGGCGGGCAAUCCGGCGCAGCCUCCAAAAAGCGCGGCCCUCCAGCCCCCGGCGGUCGUAGCGACGCCUUCCUCCAGAAGCGCGCCAAGGUCCACGCCGCACGGCACAUCCCAGCCCAGCCCGCCGAUGCUGCGCUCAAGGAUGGCGAGCUGGACUUGGUGGCCUUUGUGGCCGCUCACGAGUUUGAGAUCCGAGCGCUGGAGAAGAGUAUGGCCGCGUCCAAGGCUGUGCGCAGCAGCAGGGCCUUCCAGCAGGUGCCCCGCGGCUUGAGAAGACGGACGGCGAGCCACAACCCCAAGCGAGUGCCGCGACGACUGCGAGCGAGGGCCAGAAAAGAGAUGCACGAAGAUAACACGCCUCUUGUCGAGUCUCGGAAGCGGAAACCAAGGACAACGAGGGCGAGGAUACGAGCCCAGACGGCCAAGAGAUUACGGAUCCUCGCCGCGCGGAAGAGGAAGAAGAAGGAAAAGAAGACCAACGAGGCUUCCGCCGGCGACGAUAAUACUGAAAGCGCCAAUCAAGUCACGAAAGAUGUUGGAGUUGUGGGGAGGAAACCGAGGCCCAAGAUUCGAAGAAACGCGCUCAACGACCCUCCCAAGCCACCCGCAAAGUUUAGGAAGCGCCAGAUUGACAAGACAUGGCUUCCCACGCAUCGAUGGCACGCAAAGAGAGCUCGCAUGACACAACCCAAAGAACCUCUCUGGCGCUUCGCAAUCCCCCUAACACCGAACGAGAAGAUUUACCGACCAACCCACAGAGCUCAGGGAGAGCGAGGCACCAUGGUUUGGGACAUGACUUAUAUGAGUACUAUUGGUUUAUACGGAAACUACGCCGGCAUGGCCAGAGUCCUCAAAAAGGUCGGGUUGAAGCACGAUUCAUGCUGGAACGACAAAGGCAGAAAAUGGAGGCAGGGCACACGAGCCUGGGUUGGCAGCUUGAGCAGAGAGAGAGCUGGAGUGGAGCGGCCAAUGUGCCAAUCGACUGUCGUUUGGGACCCUGAGCCACAACAACAACAAGAUGCCGAGGCGAGAGACGAGAAAAAGAUCCAGAGGAGGAUUCUCAUCAGAGUCCACCCUUCCUCCUUUCUGGAGCUAUUCAACGAGCUGCUGCGCUUGACAAAGAUGGAGAACCCUCGCCUGUAUAUCGAGGAUCUUCGCUUCGAGAUUGGGAGCAUAGAGCUUUCUGGUCCCGCAUCCACCGAGGCAUUGCUAUCUGUCUUGUCAACAUACCCUUCGCCCUCGGGGUCGAAUCCAAAGAGCAAGCAUGCCGAGCUGUUCGAAUCACUAAGGGGGCUGACGAAUCCAGCGGCUCUACCAAACAACUCAGUACUAAAUUUCACCAUUCAAGAUCCUCGACUGCGAUACCCGCCGCGGAUAGUGGAAUUCCCAGAGACUGAACAGGCACAGAUGCGGCUUCUAGAGACCAUCGCCAGCUGGCCUGCUGAAGAAAAUCUACAGCCAUCACUCCUAUUCGACCGAGAUGCCCGCCACAAAGCCUCCUGUUUGCCAUCACAAAAGUCCAUCAACAGGCGAAGGAGCAAGAUUACCCCUGGAGUGCCUCUGAAACCAACAGCAGCUAUAGACCCUGCUAUUCCAAUCACUCUCAUUGCAUCUCGCUCCGCAGUCGGCACGCAGGCACAGGGAACAUGGACCCUCCUUGCUCCCUGGAAAUGCAUCCUCCCUCUGUGGUACAGCAUCGUUCACUGCCCGCUCGUGUCGGGCGGCAACCCGCGGUUCGCAGGUUUGAACGAGACAAUGCAGGUCGCCUUUGAGCGCAGCCUCCCGUGGUUCCCGGCCGACUUCCUCGGUACGGAUGCCGGCGCGGAAUGGGAGCUUGAGCGGAGGCGAAUCCGGAAGAGAGACUGGGCGAAACGUCCCAAGAGCAAGAGGGUUGAAUGGGCGUCCCUCAAUUUGGGCGCUGGACGGCAGGGGGAGAUUGGUGACGGACAUGCUUGCGAUUUUGAAUUCCUCUUUGGUCUUGGACAGCAGCAGCAGCAGCAGCGGGUCCAUGUCAGGAACUCAAGUCCUCCGCUAGUCAACGACGAUUCAGGAGAGGCAAUGGAUGUCGAUCAAACAGCCACUGCCAAGAAAGAUGCUGGCGUCGACGAGAUGCCAUAUCUCAAGCUUCUGACGAGCAUUUCCAAAGCCACAUUCAACAGCCUCAUUUCAUCACCCGCCGCGGCACCUUUGCCACUUCCUCCCAACCCAAUCGCCUGCGUCCGCAUCUCGCUGCUUUCAAGAGGUGUUGUUGGCGCAUGCGCGAGAAUCUACCGCCUCCCUGCUGUGUCCGUUUCCAUACCAACAUCUUCCAAUGUCGAAGUCCCUGCAAGCAUACCGCCAGAAUCACACUCACUUCCAUUCGAUCUUCGUUUGCAGUGGCUGUCUCGUAUCCCACCCUCAUCUUCAUCUUCUUCAUCAUCAUCCUCUGCAAAGUUAAAACACCAGCAGCCGCAAUCAUCCUCAUCUUCUCAUUCCCAACACGCAGACAUGGAAAUGCGAAAGCGCCUUCUAGCACAGGAGCUUCUCGCUCCGCCGCCAGACUUGGAAACCGUUUCGCUGCCGCCCAACCAGUUCGACAUUGGAGGCCACCCGCUCGUGCCCGAUGCGGCAGAUCUCAUCGGAUUCGUCACCACGGGCUCAUUUUCCCUUGCCAACGGCCGAGGGGCCGCCAUUGGCAGCAUAGCUGUGGACAAGGUGGUACCAGACAUCAAGGCGAACCCAAAGGAGGGGAGACUGUGUAUUGUGAGGAAUGCCGGCGAAAAUAUCGGCUGGAUGGCAAGAUGGGAAGCUGUUUAG